GCAGACUGACGCAAUGGCUAUACGCGUGGAGUUAAAAACGCCUGCCAACAAGCAGCCCUCUCAGCUGAGUGAUCAGAGGCAGUGAGAUGCAAAGUUCUAGUACUUUUUCCCUGGUCUUGCUCUUACCAGCCACCCUGGUCAUGGGUGAGCUGGGCCCUCCGGGAGGACCCCUGAACCUUGACCACAAGUUGUACGACGCGGCAGACAUUAUAAAGUUAAUAUCGACCUUCGACUAUCUUGUGGCUAUAUCUGAUGCGGACAACGACACAAUUUUUGAGUGUAUGUCUGCCAAGCGAGUGGAAUUUGAUCCCGAAGUAUUGUCAGCCACGUAUCUCUGGGUGUUCCCGUCAACAGGGGUUGAAGUUCCCAUUUAUAUACAUCUGGGUGGCCCCCUAGGGAAAGUGCAGUUUACGAUACCACAAGAUAAAAUUCCCAGGGAAGGCAUUGUAUACUAUUCAAACUACAAGAACUGCGUGGUGGUUGAGGCGGAGUUGUACGGACAGCAAUGCGUACUGUGGACCAGUACAGAUGUUAAGGACAACGUGCCGCAAGACUGCAUCGACAACUUUGUGGACACGUGCGGAGUAAUUGUGCCAAAGCACAGCCGAGACUUGUGCCCGGACGGCGAAGGCGACUACUAGUGUCGAAAGCGCCGCUCCAACAGAUGAUAUUAUAAGAAGCAAGUUCGUUAAGCUCAUCAGGAGAAUAACGGUGUAUAGGUAUACACGAAAAAUAAACUUCAUGCAGUGAAGCAAUGCAUGGCGGACCGACU